CCCAAGCCUGAGCUCGCCACCGAGGAUUGCGUCGGCGGACUCAGCAAGGGGACGUGGGGCGCAGACACAGGGCCCCGGAGGACGCGGCGGCAGUCAGGGGUGCACGGUGUGCGCUGCGGAACUGACCUACUGACCUGCGCUGCCACUUUCCUAGACCACGCCGCUCAGCGCCGUGGCCAUGCGCUCCCUGUGGAGAGAAAUCCUCCUGGAGACCCUUCUGGGAUAUGUUUCUUGGUCUCUCUUGCAUGGCCUGGCCCCAAUGAUUUAUUACUUUCCCCUGCAAACACUGGAACUCACCGGGCUAGAAGGGUUUAGCAUAGCGUUUCUUUCUCCGAUAUUCCUAACAAGCACUUCUGUCUGGAAGCUGGUUAAGAAGAAGUGGAUGCUGACCCUGCUGCGGGUGAUCACUGUUGGCAGCAUAGCCUCCUUCCAGGCUCCAAAUGCCAAACUUCGGCUGGUGCUCCUUGCGCUUGGCAUGUCUUCUUCGCUGAUAGUACACGCUGUGACGUGGUGGACAGGAAGUGGUUUGCAAAGGUACCUCAGAAUCUGGGGAUUCAUUUCAGGACAGAUUCUUCUCAUUGUUCUCCGCAUAUGCUACACUUCACUAAACCCAAUCUGGAGUUAUCAGCUGUCCAACAGAGUGAUAUUGACGUUAAGUACCAUAGCCACACUUGAUCGCAUUUCCACAGAUGGUGACUGCAGUAAGCCUGAGGGAAGAAAGAGCAGCCAGGCAGCCAAGGGGGUGGCCUGCAGGUCUCACUGGCUGUUGGCCGGGGCUGCCUUUGGCAGCCUUGUGUUCCUCACCCACUGGAUUUUUGGAGAAGUCUCUCUCGUUUCCAGAUGGGCAGUGAGUGGGCAUCCUCAGCCAGGGCCAGAUCCCAACCCAUUUGGAGGUGCAGUUCUGCUGGGUUUGGUGAGCGGAUUGACACUUUCGACUUGUUCGUGGUUCCCGGGUACCAGUUUCAUCUGGUGGGUUACAGGAGCGGCUUCGGCUGCGGGUCUUCUUUACUUGCCCACUUGGGCAGCUGCUGUUUCUGGCUGUGUCCUCGCCCUCUUCACGGCGUCCAUGUGGCCUCAAGUGCUUGGGCACCUUAUCAGCUGCAGCUCGAGACCUGGGAAAAGCAUGACCAUUGCUAUGGUGUUUUAUCUGCUAGACAUAUUUUUCUGUGCAUGGUGCACCGCUUUUAAAUUUGUCCCAGGAGGUGUCUACGCCAGAGAAAGAUCUGACAUGCUUUUGGGGACAGUGAUGGUAAUUCUUGGACUGAAUAUGCUGUUCGGUCCUAAGAAAAGUCUUGACUUUUUUCUUCAAACAAAAAACAGCCCUAAAGUGCUUUUCAGGAAGAGUAAAGAAUACAUGAAACUUUUUUUGUGGCUGCUUGUUGGUGUUGGGCUAUUAGGAUUAGGACUACGGCAUAAAACCUAUGAGAGCAAAUUGGGCAAAGGGCUUCCUCAGGCACCAGCCACAGAGGUCUCUGCCGCCAUCUGGCCUUUCCGGUUUGGCUAUGACAACGAAGGAUGGUCCAGUUUAGAAAGGUCGGCUCAACUGCUUAAUCAGACAGGUGCCGAUUUCAUAACAAUUUUGGAGAGUGAUGCUUCUAAGCCCUUUAUUGGGAACAAUGACUUAACCAUGUGGUUAGGAGAGAAGUUGGGUUUCUACACUGAUUUUGGUCCGAGCACAAGGGAUCACACUUGGGGGAUUAUGGUUUUGUCAAGAUACCCUAUUGUGAAAUCGGAGCACCACCUUCUCCCGUCACCAGAGGGCGAGAUUGCACCAGCCAUAACCCUGACCGUGAACAUCUCGGACAAACUGGUGGAUUUUGUUGUGACACACUUUGGGAAUCACGAGCCGCUGUCCCCUUCAACUCCCUCCAAGCUCCUCUGCGAUAUGAAGACUGGAGUUGAAAGGAAAGACAAGACAGAAAGACAGUGCUCAGACUGGGUCGGAAGAACAGCCUUGUCUGACUGUCUCUCAGCCACACCUCUACAGCUCUCUGAAGAACACCACAGCCUUUACUUGCUGUCUUACUCACUUGAUUUAAUAAUGACCACAGCAGCAGUAGCAAUAAUAGCUAACCUUUAUUGAGGAGAUGUAACUCCAGGGAGGCUGUGUAGUUUAAUGGUCAAGGGCAUGGAAUUCCAGAACCUAGAAUCAAUCUGGUUUGAACCCCAAUUCGUGGUAUAUCCUUCACCAAGUCAUUCACUAGCUUUCCCAUCUUUAAGUCAGGGGCAGUCAUCCUGCCUGUUUCACAGGGUUCUUGUGAGAAUGAAAUGAGAUAUAUUAUCUUAUGCAUGGUACAUGGAUACAGUAAGUGCUCGAUUAACACUGGCUGUUAUUAUUAAACCAAGUCAUCCUUUACCUCUAGAGGUAAAGGACAUGGGGCAGCUUAAACAACAAUUCAUUUAUCAAACAGAAAUCAAGCACCUGCUGUGUCUGAAGCGCAGUGCUGGGUGCAGCCUCUGACCUUAGAGCCCAGCCCUGGUGUCCCUCCGCAGAAGCCCUGCCCAGGGACACUGUGGCCUCCCGCCAAGGCACGGGAGGAAGUUUGUGCUUCAGAUAAUUUGUGAAGCCAUCGUGACAUGUGCUUGCCUGUCUUUGUUUUCUGCAGUACUAAAUACAGGACUCUCACGGUGCAUAAAUAUUUAGAGAUUUCAUUUUCUAGUGAUUAUGGCAUAUAAACAUGAACUCAUAUUAGAAAUGAAAUGCAGAAUGCUUGUGCAUAUUAUUAGCUGAUCAACCAGAUUUUAGAAAUUACUGACUAUGCAAAUAUCUCCUUACAACCAAUAAGUAGGAAAUAGCAGCAUUUCUUAGAAGUCUUUUAGG